GUUGAAUCACCAUGUCCAGCACAUCAAAGAAACAUCAGAACUUUGUCACUGAACCGAUGGGUGAGAAGAUGGUUACGGAAUUGGCGGGCAUAGGAGACGUACUUGGGGGGCGACUGUCGGAUAGGAGUUAUGACAAGGCCUACACAGUCCUUGGCCAGUACCUCUUGUUCAAGAAAAGUGAGGAGCUCUUCAAAGACUGGCUCAUUGAGAUCUGUGGGGCCAACAAGAAGCAAGCGAAUGACUGCUACCAGUGCUUGAAGGAAUGGUGUGAUUCCUUCUUGUAGAAAUUGCAAUGCCUCUGUCUUGUUGAUAGUCAGUUUGCAUGUGUAUAAAAUUUAUGUGUAUCUAUUCCCAAUCCUACAAAUGUUUACUUGCUUUUUUUAGUUUUACAUUGUGAAGUUCAGCUGUUGCCCUUCUCCUUUUUUUUUUCUUCUGAUGGUUAGUCUCAAGAAUGAUUUCUUCAGGGUGGCGGGUUGUUGUGUACUGUUAAGCGAGUCCCUUGAUAUUCUCUCCUUUCAACUUGUUGCUGUGUUACUGAUGUCUGUUGUUUUUGUUUUGACUUUUAUGGUGGGGACUUGCUGAGUGCAGUGUUGCAACUCUUUACCAGUGGCAAGCCUCUCCCACCAGCUUUCAGUCCGAACCGCUGUGCCCGUGAUCAGUAGUUGGCGGCUCUGUCAAAUUUCUUUACUACGACGGCGACGUAUUAAUUUUCGGCAACUGCCAAAAAUGAGUCUCUCUUACCUGUUCUUUCAUUAAAUAAAGAACUAUCAAUAAACUAUCAUUAUAAGUUCAUCUUUUUUUUAUCUAAUGACCAAUUUAGGGACGUGCUCGGGAAAUAAAGAGAUAAUGGAUUAAGCAUUUCUUUUUUCACAUGCCAAAAGAAAUAUAUAUAUAUAUAUAUGGACUAUAAAGUACCAUAAGAUUAAGAAAAAUUCUGUUUUGGACUUGAAUAUGAAAUGAACUCUUUAUUGCUGGCUGCUGGUGACAUAAUAUUUUUCAGCCAUGAAGACCGGAAGUUUGUUGUGGUUGAUAGGCCAAGUAUGGAUAAAUCACUCCUUUCCUUUCAGGAAUAAUUUUUCUUGUUUCGCACAUCUGCCACCGCACAACCACACACGCACACAAACACCCGCCCCAAAUCCUGUAUAAAAGUUGUUGUAAUCAGGGACUAAUAAAUGCUCUGCUUUUAAAUUGACCAACAUUGUGUGUGAUGUGUUAACGACACUGAACAAAACUUUUUUUUUGUUGUUGCAUGUUUCAUUUGGCCCUUAUGAUUAUGAAACCUUGUGAUUUCUCUUUUUUGGUUUAGCAGUUAUGGGUAAACACACCUACUCGGCAGCAGGAAAGAAACUGCUUCUUCUAACACUGAAGUAGCACUCAUGAGUACCUUUGUUGUGAUGAACAAGCGUUGAUAAUGUUGGGAUAUUAUCUCUUCUGCUAUUUUUCCCCCCCCUUAUUUUUCUUACUCAUACAACUGUUCCCAGUGCCCUUCCUGUUCCUUCAGUAUAAACUGUUUGUAUGUAGUUAGUAGGGCGUAAGUUGUGUGCAAAAACAGACAGCACAUAUCCUAAUGUCUCUGUUGGUUCCGAAAUUUUUUAAAGCAAAAUUACGAUUUCUUUGCCACUUUUCCCAGAGGUUAUGAGCUGUGUAUUACUUCAAAGCUAAACUACCCAAAGUAAAGAAUUUGAGACAUUGCUUCUAACUCCUUGAUGUAAUUUGUUUUGGGUUUUUUUUUACUCCACUUUGUUCUGUUUAUGUGUCACUGGUCCUGUUUUACGCUCCCACACUCUUAGUCUUACUUAUUAUGAGAUAAACUGCUUGUGUAGUUAAUGCAUUUAUGUAAAACCCAGGUUUAUAUCAUUCAUAUAAUGACAUAUUCUGAUGUUACAGUUGUCCAAUAAAGAUUUUUCCCUGAAUAGAGUGCUAUCAGGGUAUUGCAUGUUCCA